GGGCGGGCGUGCGGUGACGUCAUUACCACGAGCCCCGCCCUCUCCCCGCGAGAGCCGCAGCGGAGCCCAGCUCCCGGACACUCCGGACACCGCUGGACACUCCCGGACACCGCCGGACAUUCGAGGCAGCAGGAUGGCCCCGCCCGUGCCCGCGCUGACCCCGGAGCAGAAGCAGGAGCUGGCGGCCAUCGCCCAGCGCAUCGUGGCCCCCGGCAAGGGCAUCCUGGCCGCUGACGAGUCCACUGGCAGCAUCGCCAAGCGGCUGAGCUCGGUGGGCGCGGAGAACACGGAGGAGAACCGGCGCUGGUACCGGCAGCUGCUGUUCACGGCCGACAAGCGCGUGGAGCCCUGCAUCGGCGGCGUCAUCCUCUUCCACGAGACCAUGUACCAGAAGGCCGACGACGGCCGCCCCUUCCCGCAGGUCAUCCGCGACAAGGGAGCCCUGGUUGGCAUCAAGGUGGACAAGGGCGUGGUGCCCCUGGCUGGCACCAAUGGCGAGACCACGACCCAGGGUGAGUGACAGCCGUGGUGUUCCCAGUGCCGCCGCUGCUGCG